AUGGAAAAUGUUUCAACAAUUUUCGUGUUUUUUCUUUCAGGUUUGAAUGAAACAAGUCGGACUCACAGAUCAGCUCUUUUCUUCUUCUGUUUGCUGUGUUACUGCAUAACCAUCCUUGCAAAUGUUUCUCUCAUUCUAAUCAUCGUUUUGGACAAAACAUUACAUGAACCAAUGUAUAUUCUACUCUGUGCUUUUUGCUUCAAUGCACUCUAUGGAACAACAGGUUUCUAUCCUAAAUUUCUGUGGGAUCUGCUCUCUCCUGUUCAUAUCAUCUCUUAUUCAGGGUGCCUUUUUCAAACUCAGGUGUUUUACUCCUUUGCCUUCAGCGAUUUCUCAAUCCUUGCCUUCAUGGCAUAUGAUCGGUAUCUGGCUAUUUGUCAUCCACUGGAUUACCAUUCUAUCAUGUCAAUGAAAAGAGUGAUUUGGAUGACAUGCUCUCUUUGGUUAACAUCCUUUUUUAUUAUUGGAGUAAACAGCCUUCUGACAUUUAGACUGAAGCUAUGCAGUCCAUACAUAAACAGACUUUUCUGCGUAAACUGGAGCAUCGUAUCACUGGCAUGUUUUCCUAAAGAAACCUCAAUUAAUGGCAUUGUUGGAAACAUUACAAUAAUAAUUUUUAUAUUUCUUGGCUUUUACAUUGUUUGGUCUUACAUGUAUAUCAUCAAAAUAUGUUACAAUUCAAUAGAAAAGAGGGCAAAAUUCAUGCAAACCUGUUUACCGCAUUUAAUUUCCUUAUCUGCCUGUAUUAUGACUAUACUGAUUGAUAUCAUUAAUAAUCGACAUAGUUUUAAAUAUUUACCGCAGGCUUUGCAGAAUUUUAUAGCAAUGGAGUUUCUUGUUGUUCCUCCCCUCAUGAAUCCGCUCAUUUAUGGCUUCAAGUUGACGAAAAUUAGAAGAAGAAUUAUUGAUUUUCUUACUAUGAAAUAUAUUUGAAUUUAAGCAGAUUUUUCAGAUGAAAUAAUAAGCAGAAGGUCCAUAAACAUAGCAUUUGCCCCUAUUCUUGCCCUUAUUUAUUCUUCAAUGUUUGUUUUUUUUCAAUACCAAUAUUGAUUUUAAUUAUUGAUGGAAAAUAUCAA